GAGACAGACUGAUGUGAGAAACAGAACCCCUGUCCUCUGUUGGGCGAGGACGUGGACAAGGACGUCCCCUGGAUGAAAUCCAACCACCUGAACUCAGACAGGUCAGAGGUCAGAGGUCAGAUUCUCUGUAGGUGAAAAGGAUUUUUCCUCUCAGAUCUAGUGUGUAUUGUAUUUGUCAGGAGGGUGUUCAUCAUGUGAUCAGCUGAUUCUCUGGGUUCAGACUCAGAUGCUUCAUCACUCCAGCCUGAAGACACAGAGACGAAGACACAGAGACGGAGACACAGAGACGCGUCAUGGAGCGAAAGCUGGAUCUUUCCCGUCUGACGGACGAAGAAGCCAAACACGUGUGGGAGGUGAUUCAACGAGACUUCAGCCUCCGAAAGAAAGAAGAGGAGAGACUCGGCGAGCUGAAGAAUAAGAUCGAGAAGGAGGACACGAAGCGGGAGCUGCUGGGCUCUCAGAGCAGACUGUCCGACUCGCUGUGCAUCCGCUGCCUGCAGCCCUUCAAGUUCCUGGUCAACAGCAAGCGCCAGUGUUUGGACUGUCACAUGUACACCUGCAAGUCCUGCAGCCGCUACAACAAGAAGGAGCACGGCUGGGUGUGUGACAACUGCCGCAUGACCAGGGUGUUGAAGAUGGGGACUCUGGGUUGGUACCAUGACAACGUCAGAAACCGGUUCAAACGUUUCGGCAGCGCCAAAGUCAUGAGGUCUCUGUACAAGAGGCUGAACGGGGAAGGCGGUCGGGACGACGACACUCAGAGCAUGCCGGACGUCCGGAGCCACGUGUACAACGGUAACGAGGACGAGCACGGAGACACCGAGGCUCAGCGUUACAGAGUGAUGAGGAAGAGUAAACGCCUGCUGUCGGUUCAUCCUCUGGACUUUGACUCUGAGGAAUAUUUCCCUCACUCACGACGACCGUCCGUCCAGAUGCAGGAGGAUCGAUGCUACAGGAACGACGUGGACUACGACCUGUACAACCACCGGAUGAACCGCAGGAAGAGUCUGGACCGAUACGCCAUGAGGCCUGAUGACUAUGGGGAGAGCAGGAUGGUCCGCACUCGCUCUCUGUCUAAGAUCAGCUCGUCGGUGGCUCGGCAGCAGUACGUCGACACCUCCGAUGAGGACGAAUACCAGAGAUACCCCCCCAUGUUCCAGCAACCCCCCCACCGCCGCAGAAACAGCAGAGCCUCCUCCCAGGAGAACCUGGGACAAGCCCCGCCCAUUAACGAGCUGAGCAAACGCAUGUCGGCCAUCGAGAGUCUGCUGAGCCGCCUGGAGGAAAAGAUGACGCCUGCCGACGAGGCAUCGACUCCGUCAGGUCACAACGAGGAGGAGAAGCUGAGAAGGAAGCUGAGCGAGCUGGCGGGAAACCUGAGCGAUAAGGGCCUGUCGUCGGACGACGAGGUCGGGAAGAAGCCCUUCCCUCUGGGUAAAGGUCCAGCUGGCGCCAGGGGCGGCCCGUCCGUCACUCUGGACUCUCUGAAGGACAAAGCCUUCCACAGCUCGUCCAGCGACGAGAUGCCUACUGAGGCUCAGAAGAGAUCAACUGCUGCCGCCCUCUGUGACCUCACCACUGAGGUCCUGAGAACCAUUAAUGCCACAGAAAACGCAAUGGUCGAGUACGGCCUCUCAGAGCCGACCGACAGGUCCCACUUAGUAGGGACUGACGUAAAGCAAGCAGAUGAUGCUUUCAGGGAACUUGAGGAAAAUGUGUACAUUGCGGCCGGGCAGUCGUACGAACUGGAGACGAAGCUUCGGAAACUCGAGCAGAGCGCCAAGAACCGCUUUGGAGGGACCACGGACUCUGAGCUGUCCGAGCUAGAGGACGUGGUGGCGCUGACCGCCGCCAGAGUCCAGAGCACCGAGAGCGAGGUGUCGGACAUCGAGAGUAAGAUCGCCGCUCUGAGCGCAGCAGGGUCGAAGAAGAAGGUCUCUGGAUCCCAUCAGAGGAAAAAGUCCACGCAGGAUUUUCCCAAAACCAACGGAGCUCAGUGGAAGUCGCACAACAACAUGUACUGAGCCGGAGAACCGGAGAACCAGCAGCAGUUUAAAAACUCGAUGUGAAAGAGAUUGAAUUCCUGUCCGACUAAAUCAGAACCGUUCCAAUAUGAUCAGAUAACCAAAACUAAAAAUGGGUGAAAGUUCAAAACUGUGAAGCUCUGGGUCCAUUUACAAAAAGCUUCACUCAGUUAAAGUCUUCUUACUGACUUUUUCUGGAGCUUUCAACCACAUCUCACAGUCCACGACGUCCCUGAACGCAAAGACAACUUCAGCGUCUUAACUCCACACAAAUGUUUAGUAUGAGACAGAAACGAAAUUCAAAGCCACGCGAGGAAAAGGAACAAACUUCAGUUUAAGUUCAGCAACGACUUUAACGUCAUUUUGACUUUUUCACGACCUGAAACGUAAUAAUGAAGAAUUUAAUCCUGAAAAAUGGAAAGUCUGUAUUUUACUCUUUCAUUUAUCUGUUUCUUUAUUGAUUAGUUUUAUUGUUUUCAGUCCUUCUGAUCACGUGAUCAAUAAACGGACCUGCUCCUGGAAACAGUUUAGAUGAGACUGUUCCUGGACUUGAGCAGAAACAGGGUUUCCUCCUGCUGAACGAUGGUCAGCUGACUGUAGGCAGGAUGUUAUUGAUCACAAUCAAUAAUCUGAUGUUUGGAAACAUUGUUGAGAAGAUUCAAAUGUUGCUUUGAUUUAUUGAUUAUAGGUGAAAGCUGAAAAGAAAUGCUGUAUUGAUGGUAAGAACGUGUCAGUGUUU